AUGAGUUCUAUAGCUCAAAAAAACCGCAAUUAUUUUCUCUACAUUUUCUAUGGACGAAUUUUUAAUUCGUCUGAUAAAACUUUUUUUAUAAUCAAAAAACAACUUGUGAUCGCACCAAACUUUUUUUCUGUAGAUCAAAAAUUAAUUUGCAGUUCGGAAUUGUUCUGUGGGACGGCGUGCAGUCGAAGUUUAGUAGUUCUUUACGAAAAUUACAAGAAAAUUGUAAUUUUGAAUUCCCCGCAAUUUUUUGCGGGUCUCGACUCUGGGAGAGAAAAUCAGUCACCGGAUGGAUCAGUUCAAGGAAAUGGUCUCAAGUGGAUGUUGUUCCUGUGCCAGAAAAGUAAGCGAACAAUUUUUUCUAAUCAUUCAAACCUUUUUCAGUGUCCUUCCGUAGCCAUCGUCCUCGUUUUGGCUCUCGUUAUCCUUGGUGUUCUGGCGGCGAUACCGCUCACGUUGAUGCUCACUUCGUCUGCUCAGAAGAUGUCAACCGACAGCACGGACCUCACGGAUUACUCCAUUCGUCACCCGAAAUUCUGGCCAAAGACCGACAAAAUUCACUUCGACGAUCUCGGCGGUAUUCCAAUGUCAUCUAUGUUCCCUCCAAACGUCUCAACAUGCUCCGGAUUUGGAUUCGCCUGCACAGGCGCCGUUCACAUGGUGAUUCCUUCGUCAAAGCGAUGCGAUGGAUUCAAAGAUUGCCAGGACGGAUCUGAUGAGGAGAAUUGCAAAGAGUGCCAAUCAGUGUUCUCGUGCCGUUCUCACAUUGAAGAGGAUUCGAAGAAGAAGCGAAAGACCAAGGUGCAGCCAACACUGAUUUGUCUAACUGCUGAACGACUUUGCAAUGGCGUUCAAGACUGUCUUGACGGCUCGGACGAGGCUAUGUGCAAGUCAACAUGUUCCAAAGAUCAAUUCAAGUGCAAUGGUAGCAACGCAUGCCUCCCACUCUCUGCAAAAUGUGACGGUGUCAAGGACUGCUCGGAUGGUAGUGAUGAAAACAAUUGCAACAAAUGCCAAAAAGGAGCUCAUGUAAGUCUAGUCUCUCGUAACAUUAAACACUUGUUUGCCAGCCAUGUCUGCGACGGAGUUGCCCAAUGCGCUGAUCGCUCUGACGAGCAACAAUGCGACUGCAAGACCUGCUCUGGAUCCGACAAGGCUCUCUGUGACGAUGGAACUUGCAUCAAACGUUCUCAAGUGUGUGACGGCAAAAAGGAUUGCUCAGAUGGCAUGGACGAGGAGAAUUGUCCAGGAACUUGCAGUAUCGAGGCAUUCGCAACCAAAGUGAAACGAGUCACCUGUUCCGAUGGCAAGGAUUACACUGAAUCCGAGGCUUGUUCAGGAGUUGAGGAAUCGUGCGGAGGAAGUUGCUCGAAGUGCCACCCGAAGCUUACUUUCACCUGCCCUGCUGCUGGAAAUGCUCAGAAAAAGUGCAUCAAAAGAAGUAAGGUUUGUGAUGGUAUCUUUGACUGCGACGAUGGCGCCGACGAGAAGAACUGCACACCAGUCAAAGAAUGCGGUAUCGAUAACGCCAGUCAGUUCACAUGCGAUCGGAAAUGUGUCGAUGCCAGUCGUCGUUGCGAUGGAGUCUGGGAUUGCGAAGAUAAGUCCGACGAGCAAAAUUGUUCUCAGUGCGCGUCUGGAUCUAUCAAGUGUUCCGCCGACAAGAAGUGCCUCCCGGCUUACACUCGUUGCAACGGAGUCGCCGAAUGCUCCGAUGGCAGCGAUGAACUGAAGUGCUCUUGUGAAGAAUGCCUUGGUGCUCAUUCAAACACCUACAUGUGCUCCGAGUCAAACAGAUGCUUGAAGCGUGACGAAGUGUGCUCUCCUUACUCAAUGUGCCCCAACGCAACUUACACUGACAAGGCAUACUGUGCUGCUUUGGUUCUCAAGAACUCUGGCCGAUUCCCAUACUAG